AUGCCUAGUAGAAUGUUGGCAGAUGAAUCUCCGUAUUUUAAAUUGUUUCAUAAACUUCCAAAAAUUGAGCAUCCCAAAAUAUUUGGUUCGGUUAUGUAUCCAUGUAUGAGGCCCUUCACUAAGCAUAAGCUUCAGCCUCGCUCUUCCUUAUGUGUGUUCUUAGGAUAUGUGUUGGGCUAUAAGGGUGUCUUGUGUUAUCAUAUGGAAAAUCACAAGAUUCUUAUUUCUAGGAAUGUUAUCCAUGAUGAAAGUUUAUAUCAUUUUAAAGGUCAUAAGGUGUCUUCCCCUCAGGACACUUCUUCAAUUUCCUGUAUGCCUAUCAGUGUUCCUUCAAGUGUAGUUUUCCCCACCUAUCAUACAGAUCCUCCACCACAUAUUGUAUCUUUCGUCUCACCAUCUAGAGCGGAGUUUUCUUAUUCUCAUGCCUCUAAAACUUCUACACCUGCAGUUCCUACUUUGCCAGUUUUAUGUGAAGCUCAGUUGGAAACUUUACUCCCUUAUAUUCCAUCAUCUAGUUCUUCUGAGGUUGUUCUCGACUUAGAUAGUUCCUCCAGCUCUACUACUUCAACUCAUGCUAAUGAUCAUCCUAUGCAAACUCGAGCGAAGUCUGAAAUUAGCAAACACAAGGAUUUCUCAGAUUAUCAUUGUUUUAGUUCGACUUUUCUGCCUCCUUCUGAACUAGAUGAACCUGCCAGUUAUAAGAUUGCCGCUUACUCCUCAGAAUGGACGAAAGCCAUGCAAGAGGAGAUUGCAGCUUUACAUAUGUAA